UACUGCGGAAUACUCAGUCUUGGCUGAGGCUCUGUGGAAGUCUGCAGGGAUUCCGUGUGCUUUGAUGUGAUCUGUUGCCGGGAGCUGGGAGGAGAGUUGUGCGAGUUUUGCAGCCUGCGCCAUGGAUGCAGUGACUUUUAUGGAUGUACAUGUGAACUUCUCUCAGGAAGAGUGGGCUUUACUGAAUCCUUCUCAGAAGAGUCUCUACAAAGAUGUCAUGCUGGAAACCUACUGGAACCUUACUUGUAUAGGCUAUGAAUGGGAAGACCACAAUAGUGAAGAAUGUUGUCAAAGUUCUAGAAGACAUGGAAGGUAAUUUUCAUGUGGAAGCUGAUACAUAAUGUACCUCUGAAGAUAUUUAUAAUGUACCCUGAAGUUUUAAUGAAGAAAAAAAUAAUGUAUUUCAACUCUUCUCAAUAUAGUACCUGUAAAGCAAAGGGCUAUGGGAAGAAGCAGUACACCUCUCUCUUUCCCAAAACAAUUAGAAGAUAUGUAGUCAUCCCCACUAUGAGAAGACAUGGUGAAUGUGAUAUAAGUUUACAAGUAAAUGGUUUUCCAGCUUCAAUGGGAAUUCAUCAAAAUACUCCCAUUGGAGAAAAGCCUUAUGAAUACAAGGAGUAUGGAAAAUCUCCUGUCCGUCCUGGUUUACUUUGCAUAUGUAGUGUGACUCACACUAUAGGAAAAUGUUAUGACUGCGAUCAGUGUGGUAAAGAUCUCAGUUCUUCUUUUUCUCUUCAAAGAUGUAAAAUAAGUCAUAUAGGAAAAGGGCAUGAUGGAUGUGAGCCAAGCAGUAAAAGUUUUAACUAUCACAGGUAUCUUCAAAUACAGAACACAGCCUACAAUGAAGAGUAUCUCUAUGAUUAUAUUCAAUGUGAUAAGGCCUCUUUACAAUUACACCAAAGAACUAGUUCCAAAAUAACAUCCUAUGAAUAUAAUGAAGGAGAUAAAGACGUUACAUUUCACAGUAAUCAUCAGAUAUGUAGGAUGAAUACUAGGGACACAAGGUAUGAAUAUCAUCAAUGUGGUAAAACCUUUGCAUGUCCUAAUUACCUUCAAAUACAUGAAAGAAUUCAUACUAGAAAGAAACCCUAUGAAUGUAAUCAGUGUGGUAAAUUUUUUGCAUAUAAAAGUCAUUUUCACAAGCAUCAAAGAACUCACACUGGUGAGAAACCCUAUGAAUGCAGUCAGUGUGGUAAAGCCUUUGCAUGUAAUGGUAAUCUUCAAAUACAUGAGAGAAUUCAUACUGGUGAGCAACCCUAUAAGUGUCAUCAAUGUGGGAAAGCCUUUGCAUAUAGCAAUAGUCUUCACAAGCAUGAAAGAACGCACACUGGAGAGAAACCCUAUGAAUGUAAUCAUUGUGGUAAAGCCUUUACAUGUCACAGUACCCGGCAAAUACAUGAAAGAAUUCAUACUGGAGAGAAACCAUAUAAAUGCAGUCAAUGUGGUAAAACCUUUGCACGUAACAGCCAUGUUAAAAUGCAUGAAAGAAUUCAUACUGGAGAGAAACCCUAUAAAUGCAAUCAAUGUGGUAAAGCCUUUGCAUAUCACAGUCAUCUUCAAAGGCAUGAAAGGAUUCAUACUGGAGAGAAGCCUUAUGAAUGUAAUCAAUGUGGUAAAGCCUUUGCAUAUCGCAGUAGUCUUAGACUACAUGAAACAAGUCAUACUGGAGAGAAGCCUUACGAAUGUAACCAGUGUGGUAAAACCUUUGCCUGUUCCAGCUAUCUUCAAAUACAUGAAAGAAUUCAUACUGGAGAGAAACCCUUUCAAUGUAAGCAUUGUUGUAAAACCUUUUCAUAUCGCAGUAGCCUUCACAUGCAUGAAAAAAAUCAUACUGGAGAGAAACUCUUUGAAUGUAAGAAAUGUGGUAUAUCCUUUGCACAUCUUGGUACCCUUCAAAAGCAUGAAAGAAAGCAUACAGACAAAGAAGAAAAUUCCCCUGAAGGAUAGUAAAUGAGAUAUAGUAUUUCAAACCAUAUUCACUCUCUCCACUAAGUUCUCUCACUGGUUUUUGAGUAACAGUACAACUAUUACAUCAUUAAAAUGCUGUCUCCUUUUCAAACUGCAAACGUGUUGUCAUCUAAGAAUAACAGAACCCAUUGUCUCAUCACAAUUUAAAUAGUAAAAUCUGUGUAAAUGAAAAUGUUAUUUAUGUUGUCAUUAUUUUUUGUAUUACACAAGUUUAUACUAAGGAAAAUAUACUUGUUCUUAACAUUUUCUCAGAAUCACAAAUGAAUAGCAGAGAAUUAUCUUAGGGAGUGAAGGUGGUUGUUGCUAAGCUUGUUGACCUGACUUCAUUCUCUUCAAUAACUACAUUACUCAUGGAAGUUUUUCUCUGAAUAAUAUACUUGGGUUUUAUACAUACCAACACACCAGAUUGUAACAUAAAUAUUGUUGAAAUUGAAAUAAAGCCAAUGAGUUCUCUCACCAGUUUAGGUUACUUGUUGCCAAAUUUAACUAGAUUGGUGUGGUCUCUAUUUUGCACAUAGAGAAACUAGAGAAUAGACACCUGUAAGUUGUUCACUAACUAGUAUAUGUACACCAUGGUACAUGUGUAAACACACAGUUUAGAAAUUUUAAAAAGAUGAAAUUAACAAAGCAAAGAAAUUAACCAAAAUAUUGAGAGCAUAAGACAUUAUUUACCCAUUGUAAUUAAUGCAUUGUAAAGUUCCAAGAAGUAUUACGUUCAGAGCACUUAGGGUUCCUGUUUAAAUCUUACAUUAUCCUCUCAUUCUCUACUUCAAAGAUAGGUCAUUUUAAAAACCUAUGUGAUCUAGAUGGAGUGGUGCAUAUGUAUAGUGAAUCAAGAAUAGAGGUGUCCAAUGAAAUGAUCCAUGUUUUUUCUACACAUUGCAACACUCGGACUUUAUAUUUUGAACCAGAAUAUAUGUUCAGAUAUUGAGCAUAACAUUGUAAAGCAAUGUAAGUCAUGUGUAAUUCUGUUUCAUUGAAGAACCUGAGUAUGUAAAAAUCAGUGAAGUUUCUCUAGAAAUCAGGGUACCCUUAUCCACUUUUGUAGCAUCUAUAAAUACUACUUGUGCAGAAAGUAUCUGCUGAAGCCUGGAACAUCUAGGAAAUAGACUAACCUGUUUUUAUGCAAAUCAAUAGGUUCACUGAAAGGAAACUAUCAACUUGAAAGGGAUAUGUGGAAAAAGCCAGUGCUACAUCCUCGGAAACAUUCACUAAAGUUUACAGCUGUUUUUAUCAUAAGGACGGUUUAUUAUGGACAAAUGGUAGAAAACAAUGUUGGUGCCAUCCACAAGCAGUCCCUUGAGGCAUACGUAAAGACAGACAGUUACUGAAAGUUUGCUUUAUUUUUUUGUGAAGUCAAGUGCUAGCUAUUAUCUACAGUUAGAUUUUGUUUUCCUUCUUUUCCAGUGUUAUCAGAAUAGUUACCUUAUCAGUAAUCAAAUAUACUAGAUUCCAAUGUUUCUGUCUACAGCUAGGAUGUUCAGGCGAUCAGGAACUCUUACUGGAUUCCCUUUGAGUUCUUGAUUAUAUCUCCAAAUCCUAAACAGCUGAGAGG